ACAAAGAAAUGAGAGAAAUAGUAUCAGUUUUGUUACUAGUUCUUCUUGUUUUGGCUUCAUCAGAUGCACAUGUUACGAAACCAAAUGCAGAAAAGUUCCUCCGAUGCCUUCGUUAUCGCACCAGUCGGGUGAAUCCGAUCAACGAAGCACUCUACACUCACGAUAACUCCACCUUCGUGUCGUCUUACGUGUCCUACGCCAAAAACAAAAGGUUCUCCAACCCUAACGACACAAAGCUAGUCGCCAUUGUUGCUGCAAAACAUGAAUCUCAUGUUCAGGCAACCGUGGUCUGUGCAAAGUCUAACAGAAUCCAGAUCCGUAUCCGAAGCGGCGGUCAUGACUACGAAGGACUAUCUUACAUCUCGUCCGUACCGUUUGUUAUUCUUGACAUGCACGAUCUCCGGUCCAUCACCAUUGACGUGUCAAGAAAGCAAGCUUGGGUUGAUGCUGGUGCGACAAUGGGAGAGCUCUACACCAAAAUAGCGGAAGCUAGCAAAACGCUAGCGUUUCCGGCUGGCGUUUGCCCUACAUUAGGAGCGGGAGGACACAUCAGCGGCGGAGGAUACGGGAAUCUUAUGAGAAAAUACGGAAUCUCAGUCGAUCAUGUCGUUGAUGCUCGAGUUGUUGAUGCUAACGGCAAAAUCUUAACUGGAGCUACCUUGGGAGCUGAUCUAUUGUGGGCGAUUCGAGGCGGUGGUGGAGCUAGCUUUGGCGUUAUCGUCUCCUGGAAGAUCAACCUCGUCGAUGUUCCAAAGACCUUGACGGUUUUUAAGGUUAACAAAACAUUGGAGCAAGGAGCCACUGAUGUUCUUUACAAGUGGCAGCUUGUCUCCAGCAAAUUGCCACAAGAGCUUUUCUUGAGAGCAAUGCCUCAACUCGUAAUUGGCGCGGUACCUAGCCAGAAAUCUGUCGCGGUUAGGUUCUACGCUCAGUUUUUAGGCUCGGCAAGGAGGCUCAUGGCGAUUAUGAACAAGAGUCUCCCUGAGUUGGGGAUAAAGCGUGAAGAUUGCUACGAAAUGAGCUGGAUUAAUACGACGUUGUUUUGGCAGAACUAUCCUGUGGGAACACCGAUAAGUGUUCUUUUGGAUAGACCAUCGAAUCCGGCAGGAGCAUUGUUCAAGAGUAAAUCGGAUUAUGUCAAGAAACCAAUCCCAAAAGAAGUAAUGGAGAAGAUUUGGAAAAUAAUGUUGAACUUCAACAACAUGUUUAUGCAAUGGAACCCUUACGGUGGAGUGAUGGACAAGAUUCCCGCGGAUGCCACAGCGUUUCCUCAUCGGAAAGGAAACUUGUUCAAGAUUCAGUAUUUUGCCUUAUGGGGAGACGCAAACGCCACAAACGCUAAUCUCGGUCUGAUGAAAGAGAUAUACAAUUUGAUGGAGCCGUAUGUGUCAAGCAACCCGAGAGCGGCGUUCUUGAAUUACAGAGAUAUCGAUGUCGGAAGCAAUCCAAGUGGAGUGACAAAUGUUGAAGAAGCUAAGAUCUAUGGAGAGAAGUACUUCUUGGGGAAUUUGAAGAGAUUGAUGGAAAUUAAAGCUAAGUAUGAUCCUAAGAAUUUCUUUAGAUACGAACAGAGUAUUCCUCCUGUUCGUGUAAUGUAACUCAUAUGAGCACUUAACCAAUAAAAAUUAAAAAGUUAUGUCAGCAUGGAUGCAUUAUAGCUCAUAUAAUUUGCAUAGCAUAUUUGUCCU